CUCCCGUCUGGAAUGCUGUACGUGCCUUCCUCUGCAUCUCGUGUGACGGCUCCAGGUUGCUUUCGGGCUACAGAUUAACCAGCGCUCCAGAGCCAUCGCAGUGCUGACCGCCCCGCUGGGACAGCAUGUCAGGCCCAGUGCCAAGUCGAGCCAGGGUCUACGCAGAUGUGAACACACAGAGACCCCGCGAGUACUGGGACUACGAGUCGCAUGUCGUGGAAUGGGGCAACCAAGAUGAUUACCAGCUUGUGCGGAAACUUGGCCGUGGCAAAUACAGUGAGGUCUUCGAAGCCAUCAACAUCACCAACAAUGAGAAGGUGGUGGUGAAAAUCCUCAAGCCAGUCAAAAAGAAGAAAAUUAAGCGUGAAAUUAAGAUCCUGGAAAAUCUCCGAGGGGGCCCCAAUAUUAUCAGCCUUCUGGACAUAGUCAAGGAUCCCGUGUCAAGGACACCAGCCCUGGUCUUUGAGCAUGUCAAUAACACAGAUUUUAAGCAAUUAUAUCAGACGCUGUCGGACUUCGACAUCCGAUUCUACAUGUAUGAGAUCCUGAAGGCGCUGGAUUACUGUCAUAGCAUGGGGGUCAUGCAUCGGGACGUCAAGCCACACAACGUCAUGAUUGAUCAUGAGCACAGGAAGCUUCGUCUGAUUGACUGGGGCUUGGCCGAGUUCUACCACCCUGGCCAAGAGUACAACGUGCGGGUGGCCUCGCGGUACUUCAAGGGGCCAGAGCUUCUGGUGGACUACCAGAUGUAUGACUACAGCCUGGACAUGUGGAGCCUGGGCUGCAUGCUGGCCAGUAUGAUCUUCCGCAAGGAGCCCUUCUUCCAUGGCCACGACAACUACGACCAGCUGGUGCGGAUCGCCAAGGUGCUGGGCACGGAGGACCUCUACGAUUACAUCGACAAGUACAACAUUGAGCUGGACCCCCGCUUCAACGACAUCCUCGGCAGACACUCUCGCAAGCGGUGGGAGCGCUUUGUUCACAGCGAGAACCAGCACCUGGUGAGUACCGAGGCCCUGGACUUCCUGGACAAGCUGCUGCGCUACGACCACCAAACCCGGCUGACGGCCCGCGAGGCCAUGGAGCACCCCUACUUCUAUCCCAUAGUGAAAGACCCGGCAAGGAUGGGCUCCUCCACUGGUCUUUCUUCCGCUAACACCCCUGUCAGCUCCUCCAGCAUGUUGGCAGGGAUCGCCUCCAUGGCUGCCUCUCAGCCCAUCGGCAGCUUGGCCGCCUCGCCCGUCAUCUCCUCUCCGAACGCUUUGGGCUCGCCGGUCCCUGCCGCCGCCGGAGCACAGCCUUGAACUCGCCACCAUCGCCACCUCUGGCUUCCAGCACCGCCAAGGCCACGCCCU